AUGCUGUUUCCUCUGGAAGAACAAAUCCGUCCUCGAGCUACCCAGAUUAAUAAUUUUCGGGCAUCCAUCGCGAUCCUUCUCCAGACGCGUACACUCGAAACAAUAAAAGGCGUCACUGAUCCCUUCGCCUCCACACACAAUGCAUUUAUUCUGGUAGUUGCCGAACGAGCACUCAUCGCAGAUACGCACAAGCGUUGUGGGCCGCACGUAGGAAUCGCAGACGGGACAUUUACCGUCGCAUUUGUCACAGAGACGGCCGAUGGCGAUGCCGGUUUGCUUGCGACACAUUACGAGAUCGGGGUGGUGGCGGGACAUGAUGACGGUUGUGGUGGUGGUGGUGGUUGUGGGUAG